CCUGCAGUCUUGCUGAAGCCUCGUUGCUUUCGCGUUUUCCUCGACGACUGGCGUUCUCUCGCCUCUCUUAUCAUGGGUACCAAAUCUUCCAACAAACGACCAUCUUCAUCCGCCCAGGGUCCUUCGAAGAAACGCAAGUUAUCAUCGAGCAAACCCUCCAAGAAUGGUAAAUCGAAGGAGCCCAAGGGAAAAGGGAAGGACCAUGCAUACGACAGACUGAUGAUACCGAUACCUGGUCAAGACGACGAGUACGAGGCAGAGUUGUCGGAUCAGGACCUGGAAUUGUUGGAGGAGUACGGCCCAGCCGUUGGAUUCUUGGGUAGUUUGGACGCCAAAGGUAUCGCCAGGAGUAAAAAGGAGCAAGACCGUCUACAUCGCUUGACGAAACCUGCUCCGGCAAAACGCCUCGCAGAAGAUCACCUUCCGUCUAUAAACUCCGACUCCGGCGAUGAGGAAGAGGACGACUGGAGCUCUGCUAUUGACAAUGAUGACGACUUGGCGACUGUUGACUCUGCUCUCUCUGACGACGACGUUGCUUCUGAGCCCUCUGCUCGUAAACCCCGCGCCAGACCACGAGACUCUGACUUUGACGUCGAAAUGUCGUACGAGGCCCUGCCACGGAAGCGUCGGCCUUCUUGGGACGACGAGGACGAGAAGAAGGCCAUAGAUCGUCUGCCGAUAAAGCUGGCUGACGGUCGGAUACAGAAACACGGGGAGCAGAUCGUUAUACGGGAGAAGGAGGUGGAAGAGAGCGAGGAUGAGGAGGAAGAGCCCACCCCCGCAAAACCUUGGUCGAAGCGGGAGGAUAUCUUGACAGGUGCUCGGUUUGGACGUGCCUCCGUCACAGAUGUCCUUCAGACCAAGUCUCGAAAGGCGAGGGUACAAGCGGCGAAGGAGCAGAUUGCGGGGAUUUGCCAGGAAAUCAUUGGUGACCCCGAGGAUAGUCUUGGACUCCUCCGGCGAUUGCAUACGUUUUCCCUUCCCGAGGUCUCCACUGCGGCCCAUCCUGAACCUGUGGCUAACGACCCUAUGAUUCGCAAACUCGCUAUCCUUUCUCAGCUUUCGGUCUUCAAGGACGUCCUGCCGGGAUAUAGGAUACGAGCCCUCACGGACAAGGAAAAAGCCGAGAAAGUCAGUCAGAUGGUCGCUAGGACGCGAGAAUGGGAGCAGGGGCUCGUUGGGGUGUAUCAGUCGUAUCUACGAUCGCUCGACGCAGAACUAAAAGCGAAUUCUGAACUAGCGGACGUGGCUCUCCGGUGUAUGUGUACGCUUUUGGUCGAUGUCACACACUUCAACUUUCGCGAGAACCUGGCCACGGCUAUCGUCGCUCGGCUGAGCAAGAAAUCCUGGGAUGAGUCUUCCGACCUUUGUCUGAACGCAAUCGUCUCCGUUUUUCGAAAUGACGAGACUGGCGUAGCUUCGCUCGAGCUUGUUCGUCUAUUGAACCGCAUGGUUAAGGAACGGCGGUUCAAUAUACAUCCAAACGUGCUCUCUUGUCUCCUUCAUCUCCGGCUCAAAUCCGAGCUCGGCGUACGCUCCUCUCAGGACAAGGCCGAGAAGGAAGAGACCGCGCCCGCAAAGGGCAAGGGAGGGAAGAAAGGGAAGGAUAAGCCUCAGCAGCCCCACCUGAGCAAGAAAGCGAAGAAGGUUCUAAAGGAGCGGAAAGAGAUCGAGAAGGAGAUGAAGGAGGCGGAAGCUGAGGUCGAUAAGGAGGAACGAUCUUCACAUCAAACGGAGACCCUGAAGCUACUUUUCGUUCUCUACUUCCGCAUCAUGAAGAAUCCGUCUCCGACUCCGCUUCUACCCGCCGCGCUGCAGGGUAUUUCCAGAUUUGCCCACCUCGUCAGCAUCGAUUUCUUCAAGGAUCUCAUGAAAGUUUUGAAGGAGUUGAUCGUCCGCGAAUCUGCUGGAGCGGACGAGCAAGUAGCUGUACCGUCUCAGUCGCAUGCGGUGAGCCGGGGAAACGAUAUGCGACUCCGACUACAGUGCAUUGUGACAGCAUUUGAACUGCUCUCGGGUCAAGGCGAGGCGCUCAACAUCGACUUGAGCGAUUUUAUGACCCAACUCUACAGCAUCAUCCUCUCUAGCGCUCUCCUUUCCGACAUUGAAGAAGCGCCAGCGCCCACAGCGUCUUACACCUCUAGCGCCUCCAGCGCCUCCGCCUCGAAAGACGCUCGGAGCGUCAACAAACCCCAAAGCGCCAAAGCUCAAAAAAGCACAUCCACAUCCGACCUCCUCUUCCGCUCCCUCCAACUCGCCUUCUCCCCUCGCACAUCCGGCGGUCCUAUCCCCCCCUGGCGGUCCGCAGCGUUCGCAAAACGUCUGCUCACAGCCUCACUCCACUGGCCCGCACCCACCACACUCCGAACGCUCGAGUUCGUGCGUACGCUCCUGGUGAGGGACCCGAAGCUCGAGGCGCUGUUGAGCACGGAGGACAGGACGGUCGACGGCGUGUAUCGGCCGGAUCUGGAGGACCCGCAGCUUUGUAAUCCUUUCGGGACGAGCUUUUGGGAACUCGGGUUGUUGGGGAGGUGUCAUGUGGAUGAGAGGGUGAGGGAGCAGGCGGAGAAGUUGGCCAGGUUCGAAAAGGUUUAGACCAGAUCAGCAGCACAGAUUUUUAUCGCGCUUUUUUUUUCUUUCGUUCGGUCGUCUGCUCCCUUUUUUUUGUCUGUGCUGAGUCGUACCUCGUCAUUUGCGUACGUGUGUGCGAAGAGGACGUGUGUUU